CAUCCCCAGCCCUCGACCACGGCGGGACCUUCCUCUGUGUGGUCGCCCUCUGAACCCCCCUCAGCCUACUGCUUUGUGGAGCUUGGACCACCCGAGAGCUCAAGUGAGUUUGAGAGUAUUCUAGCUGUUUUUCUCGCGGGGCUUUGGAGAGUUUUCUUUUCUCUCUUCAUCACCAACAGCCCAAAAAAUGGACGGCCGCUUCGAACAGAACGUCACCAGCGGCAUCCUUUCCCUUACCGCUGGUGACGAUGACUUCACCCGUCACCGUCCCGACCCCAUCAACGUCCAAGCCGCCCAGGCCCACGCUUCUCGUUCGGGUUCUCAACGCCCAGUCGCGGUUCACAACCCGCCUGAGGCUGCGGAGAGAGCUGAUAGAGGCAACAACAACGAGAUGUCCCAGACAUCCGCAGCGGAGGGCUUCGGCCGAGUCGGUGGCCCUGGGGAGCGCCCGGGCAGCAUAGCUGCCUCGUCUGUUUACUCAGACGACCUCGCUCGCGGGGAGGGUCAACCUUGGGGACCCACUGGUGAUGACGCAGAUCCCUUCACUGGGUCAUACACCAACGAGGAGGGGGAGCGAUUCCCCUCCGAAAUUCAACCGCUCCGGGUUGGUCUCGCUGGCCAACCCGCUUCCGGCCUGAAGCGCUUUUCAGCGCUUCAAAACUACUCGUACCCGGCGACGUCCGCUCGCCAUCAGAGCAUCCUUCGGGAUUACUCCGCCUGGGCGGCCGAGCGCGGCCCUGGGCAUGAUGAUGAAGGGUGGUCCAACUGGGACUACGAGGAGGCGAGAGCCAAUGAUAUUCGGAUCUAUGGCGAGGAAGACUCUAGCGAGGGUCCUUCCGGCGAGCAGUCAGACUCUUAUGAGUCUAUUUACGCUUGCUCCUCGCCCGACCCCGGGGAAGUCUCUCCCUCGGGGGAACCCCAAGCUCUCCCCCAGCCGACGAGAGCUCACCAGCACCACCAAGAGUCAGCUGACUCUUCUCGUCUUCUUCCUCCCCGCGCCGACCUCCAAGGCCGGGACGAUUCACCGCUCGACCAAUACAUGCCGGUCGAGGCCCAAGCCGGCCCCUCUGCACCUCGGCGCACGGGCACCAAGAACCUCUUCGGAGAUGGCGGUUGGCUGGCUGAUACCAGCUCCUCCGCGCAGCAGACCCCAGCUCAAAAGAAGCUGGAGAAGAUCACCGGUCCCAGGAGGAGCCCGACCAAGCCCAAGUCCCGCUUCCUUGGCGGCUUCAUGAAGAAAGCUCGCGGGAUCGUCGAAUCACCCUCUCGCACCUUCGGCCCCCCGCUUCGCCGCUCGCCAGCUUCGAUGCCACAGCCGCCUCGCAGUGGUGAAGAACCUCCCACCCCGCCACCCCACAUCCCUCGCCAAUCUCAGCUCGUCAUCUCCCUCAACCCUCGCGAGCAAUCCCUUAUUUACUGUGAGCUCGACUUCGCCAUCGCCGACGCUCUCAACGACUACAUCAUGUCGCAGUUCAACCUCGGCCGAGUUGAUCAUGCCACUAUCAAGAAGACCGCCGACGAGUGGGCCAAGAAGGGUUUACCCAAAGUCAAGGGCUUCCGCUACGACGUCGACACCCAAUUGUCCAUCCUCCGCGCCCAUAUCGAGCAGUUCAAGUUCUACGGUCAGGCCGCCACGACCGUCCCGUCCAUGCUCGGCAUCAUCGACACCAUGAGGACCACGGCCCGCGAGAUGCGUCUCCGCACUUACUGCGUUCCUGAUGUGGUGAUUAGCAAGUGGCUCUAGGACAUUACUUCCUUCUUCGCCUUCAUCUCAGUCGAGCGCCAUAGAAUCGACCUCCUCCAAACAGCCAAAGCCUUCUUUGAAUCCUGUCGCGCGCGUGAAAUCGCCCCAGCCAGGACCCGCUGACACGCAUCGACGAGGGAUUCCGAUGCCUAUUUCGACUGAUUCCAGGCCUCUCUGCAUUAUCUGCACGCCUAUCGAAGUCUUUUCAACACCUCUCUGCAUCACAAGAAGGCCUAUUCGAUGAUCUUUCGAACGCCUAUCAGUUGCGAUUUGAGGCAUAUUUACAUCAGUUUGAGGCCUAUUAGAUUUUUUCGACGCCUAUUUCGUUUAUUUUGAGGCCUGUUAGAUGUUUUCGACGCCUACCGAGUUUAGUUUGAUGCCUUUUCAGUUCAGUUUGACACGUGGUUGAUUUCUUUUCAAGGGUAUAUUUGCAUCAAACGAAGGGAGGAGGAGUGGAAUGGAAGGGAGCAGGGGUUGCAUGGAAGGGGGGAGGAAUUGCAUGGAAAGAAUGGAGUCUGGAGGACAUGGAAAGGAUGGAGGGCAUGGAAAUUUGAUUUUGAAAACUUGUUUGGGAUCGGGCAUUGCAAGGUGUUGGGGAUAAGCGUAUACACAUCAGUUGAGAUGGAAGAUUGCGUUUGAGACUUUGGAUGAU